AUAAGAUUGAUUUAUUUGGUUAAGAAAUACUUUUCUUGAACCUAUUUUUUAAAAGUAACACUCAGUAUUACCAUAACAUGCACAUUUGAAAUGUGAGAACUAUAAGAGAUGAAAAUCUGACAGGUGCAAUUAGUGAGAUACAAAGCAGGAGGUGUUGAACCAAAACCAUCAGUUAAACAUUUUGCAUUCAGACUUAAUUCUUUGUUAGAAAGGUUGGGAAUAACAAGAAAGCCAUUUUAACCUUAACAACGAAAGGAGGAUUAUUAUCACUUAAUUAUAUUUCAGUGACAAACUGCUUUCUGCAAAAUCCAGCCCACAGGACACAAACACAAUCUUGGCCACACCUUGGCAUUACUGGUUUGCAGCAUUAUUUCCCUAUCCUUUUCUGAAACCCAUUCAACAUGGAAUCAAACAAUAGCAACUCUGGCAAGAAUCCUCCUAUAUACACAAUGAAGAAAUAUUUCUGAGCUUCAUAAGUUAUAACACAAGUGUCACACUUCUUUUCACAGCAACCGAAGGACAGGAGUUUGUUUGGUUAAAGCUCUCAGGACAUUAUAAUGGCUUUAGUAUUUAGAACUGUGGCUCAACUAGCUGGAGUUUCAUUAUCUUUGCUGGGAUGGGUUUUAUCCUGUCUUACAAACUACCUGCCACACUGGAAGAACCUCAACCUGGACUUAAAUGAAAUGGAAAACUGGACCAUGGGACUCUGGCAAACCUGCGUCACCCAAGAGGAAGUGGGAAUGCAAUGCAAGGACUUUGACUCCUUCCUGGCUUUGCCUGCUGAACUCAGGGUCUCCAGGAUCUUAAUGUUUCUAUCAAACGGGCUGGGAUUUCUGGGCCUGCUGGUCUCUGGGUUUGGCCUGGACUGUUUGAGAAUUGGAGAGGGUCAGAGAGAUCUCAAGAGGCGACUGCUGAUCCUGGGAGGAGUUCUGUCCUGGGCCUCGGGAAUCACAGCCCUGGUUCCUGUCUCUUGGGUUGCCCACAAGACGGUUCAGGAGUUCUGGGAUGAGAACGUCCCAGACUUUGUCCCCAGGUGGGAGUUUGGGGAGGCCCUCUUUCUGGGCUGGUUUGCUGGACUUUCUCUUCUACUGGGAGGGUGUCUGCUCAACUGUGCAGCCUGUUCCAGCCACGCUCUCCUAGCUUCGGGCCACCAUGCAGUGGCGCAAAUGCAAGAUCAUCAUCAACUGGAGACAAGAAACACCAACCUGAAAAACUAAGCCAGAAAGGACAAGCGUCUGCUGCUCAGGAGACGCUUGCUCAACACUGGAUUUGGUAGGAGGUCCUGCUCUAGUCAUCUCACUGUGCUUCUGAUUUUCGAAAAUGCAUUUUUUCCUGUGGCUAUUAAACUAUAGUUUCUUUCCAAGACUGGUAAACUAUUUUUAUCUUCUACUCUGAGAUCAAAACCAAUCAAGACUUAAUAGUAAUGACACCCAUUACUGUGGAUGAGUGUUCUCAAUUUUAAAACAGUGAUUGCAUAGAAGUGGUAAAUAAAACGUUAAUCUGUAUGUGUCUUUGAAGGUGUUAUUCAUAUGGAGCGGAAUCAUCUGGCAGAUCAUUGACUUCUUUCAGGUGUUUAAGAUAACCUAGUAUAAUAAGCCUGAGCUGCAUAUUUAUUUAAAAUGCAUGACGU